CGUGUUCCAAGCGGAUUUGCCGUAGGCCGCUCUUUCCUGCCUGCUGUGGCGACGAGCUUUCCCCACUAAAAUUUUAAUUGCGAUGGCUCAGAGCACAGACUUAGAAAAACCUAAUUCUAAUUUUGUGGCUUCGCGUUUCUCUCUCACGCGCCGCUCGAGGAGCCCCCAGCCUUCGUUGCGCGUUCCUGUCUGAACUGUCUCUCUUUGGGCUGCCGUAGCCCCGGAAUGAUGCGUCCCUAUGUAGACUGUCCCUCGCGGGCUGCCGUACUCCAAGACCGCGACCAAUAGGGAGACGUGUUCCGAGCUGUACCCGGCGGGCACCCGUAGGCUGCGGCCCGGCCAAGAUGGCAGCUCUGGGAUGUCCCCCGCGGGCCGCCGUAGUCCCCCUCCCUUCUCCCUUGGUUGCUUAGGGAGAGAAAGAGGCUCGGCCAAGAUGGCGGCGGCGGGGACUGCGGAAGCGGUGCUGGGAGCCCGAGGGGGCCUCGGUCCCCGGCGGCUGCGGGCGGCGAUGUAACCGGGCGCGCAGCAGCCCCCUCCCCGCCUCCCCCUCGCAGCCAGGCCGGGCCCGCCUGAGCCGCCUCCCUCCCGCUCCUCCAGCCCGGCCGGGCAGGCAGGCAAGGAAGAUGUUCUCCGCGUUGAAGAAGCUGGUGGGCUCCGAUCAGGCCCCGGGCCGCGACAGGCCCAUCCCGGCGGGGCUGCAGUCCAUGAACCAGGCGCUGCAGCGGCGCUUCGCCAAGGGCGUCCAGUACAACAUGAAAAUCGUCAUCCGGGGGGACAGAAAUACGGGGAAGACCACUCUAUGGCACCGGCUCCAAGGGAAGAAGUUUGUGGAGGAGUAUAUCCCGACUCAGGAGAUCCAGGUCACCAGCAUCCACUGGAAUUACAAAACCACUGAUGAUAUCGUGAAAGUCGAAGUCUGGGACGUCGUUGACAAAGGCCAAAAAAUCAACCUGCGUGACACUUUGGGCAAAAGCAAGAAACGAGGCGAUGGCUUGAAACUGGAGAACGACCCCCAGGAGGCAGAGGCGGAGAUGGCUUUGGACGCCGAGUUUCUGGACGUGUAUAAAAACUGCAACGGCGUCGUGAUGAUGUUUGAUAUCACCAAGCAGUGGACCUUCAACUACAUCCUGAAGGAGCUCCCCAAAGUCCCGACCCAUGUUCCGGUGUGCGUGCUUGGCAACUACCGGGACAUGGGCGAACACCGAGUCAUCCUGCCGGACGACGUGCGAGAGUUCAUUGAGAACCUGAACCGACCUCCCGGCUCUUCCUACUUCCGCUACGCCGAGUCUUCCAUGAAGAACAGCUUCGGCCUCAAGUACCUGCACAAAUUCUUCAACAUUCCCUUCUUGCAGCUGCAGCGAGAGACGUUGCUGCGGCAGCUAGAGACGAAUCAGCUCGACAUCGACGCCACACUGGAAGAGCUUUCUGUGCAGCAGGAGACGGAGGACCAGAACUACGAAAUCUUCCUGGAGAUGAUGGAGACCCGCGGCCGAGGCCAUGCCUCCCCACUGGCGACCAAUGGGCAGAGCCCUUCCUCGGGUUCCCAGUCUCCAGUGGUUCCUCUGGGCAACGCGUCGGAGAGUUCCAGCCCCAGCACGCCGCUUCCGCUGCCUCAGCAGAGCCUGCCCAACCCCGCUGCUCCCCCGGAAUCCAUCGCGCCUCCAUUGCCGGCCCUUCUGCCCGAAUCCCAGCCGCCCACAACCGCCGCCGCCGCCCCAGCUCCGCCCCAGAAGCGCAGCAUCAUCUCCCGGCUCUUUGGGUCUUCGCCCGCUCCCGAGACGCCCCCGCCUCCCCCAGACCCCGCCGCUGCCGCUCCCCCUGCUGGCGUCCCCUCCAAAGUGCAGAGCGUGGAGGACUUUGUCCCCGAAGAGAGUCUGGACCGCAGCUUCCUCGAGGACCCCGCUCCGCAGAGAGACAAGGGGAGGCCUCUCGCGAAAGCCCCCGCGGACAGCGACAGCGACCGGGAUGCUCCUGGCAGGAACCCCAUGGUGGCCGGCUUCCAGGACGACCUGGACUUGGACGACUGUGUGCCCAAGAAGCCUGUCCCGGCCACCGCGGCGGCGGCAGCAGCAGCAGCAGCGGAGCUGGUCCCGAGCAAAAACGUCACCCUCUCGAGCGAGGAGGAGGAGGAGGAGGAGGAGGCGGUGGCGGCAGCAGUGGCCGGGGAAGAGUGCCCCGGCUUCACCGUCAUGCUGGAUGAAGACUUGGAGGCCGAGCAAGAGGCCCAGCGAUCUUCCAGAAAGCCCUCAAAGCCCCCCAAGCUGGCAGCGUCCCCCAAAGCGCCCGAGCCCAAGGCUCCCGCUGGCUUCGGCGCUCCACUGGGGUUGGAGCAAGGCGGCGGCAGGCUUUCCGCAGAGGUGGCUGGUUCUCCAGUGGCAGCCUGCCCUCCCCCCAAGGUGGGCCCUCCCCCGGGCAAGGCCUCCGCUCCCAAGCCGAAGGGGGACAAGCCGGAGGAGUCGGACAGCGACCCGGAGGGCCCAGUGGCCACCCAGAUGCUCUCCUUUGUCAUGGAUGACCCGGACUUCGACAGUGAGGAGUCGGACAGCCAGAGGAAGAGAACCGACGAGUUCCCCGUGCGAGAGGAUCUCUCGGACAUCUCCGACGAAGACGGCCCUCCGAAGCUGCCCCAGCCAGCCAAGCCUGUGAUACGCUCCUUCAGACCCAAGAACGACUCUGACCUCUUUGGGCUGGGCCUGGCUGACCCGGCUCCCAAGGAGAGUAGCGAGGAAGAUAAAGAAAAGGCUUCCUCCAAGGAGAAGAAGAAGAAAAAGAAGAGAAGCAGCAAAGAGGAGGAAGAAAAGGCUGCUGCUGCGGCGAAGAAGAAGAGCAAGCACAAGAAGAGCAAAGAGAAGGAAGAGGGGAAGGAGGAGAAGAAGCCGCGGAAGAAGCGGAGCAAAGACAAGGGCAACAAGAUCGACGACCUGGAGGCCUUCCUGGGGGGCGGGCUGGGCGCCAGCAAGCCGCGGGGGGGCGGAGACUACGAGGAGCUGUAGCCCGGCCCGGCCUGCGUCCUGCCAUCACCACCUGCCCUCGGCUGCCGUUGCCACCACCCCCCCCCCAUGGCAGGGGGCUGAUGGGCGAAGCUGUGGCUUCCCUCCUGCUGCGCAGACUGCUGGGACCCAGAGGGGAGAAGAGAAGAAGGGAUGGAGCAGGGCCCGGAAGAGGCUCCCGGCGCGCACCGCCCAGGAGUUUCCAGGGAGGUCUCGCACCUUCCCUCCCGAGAAACCCCUGGUCCCGGCUGGGCAGGCGAGGAGGUGGGGGCACUGCCUCCACAGCCGCCCCCCCCCGCCCUCUGAAUCCUGCCUCGCCAGAGCCCCAGGCCGCCGCUCUGCCCCCUGGACAUCGCCACGUCCCAGGAUGGAUCUUUGCUGUUAUUUUUUUACAAGAGGUUAUUGACUGUGCUCCGUGUUGAGAGCUUUUGGGGAGAAAGGGCGCUGGUCUCCCGGGGGCUGUGGGGCUUCAGCAAGAGGGGCGAGGUGUGUGUGUGUGGGGGGGGGAGGCACCCCAGUUCCUGUUUGCUACGAGUGGGGAGGAAAGGGUCCAGAGGACCAGGCGGGUGAUCUCUGCAGCCCCGGGUGUCCUUAGCGCCACUCAGAAGCUGCUGUGCAGUUUGGGGAAGGAAAGGCAGAGUUCUCUCUUGCGGCGGGGGGGGGGGGGAGGAAGAAAUGAAGAACUGCCCUCCCGCCUGCCCACCCCCUCCCCUCGGUGGUCCUCCUCCUCCUCCUCCUCCUCCUCCUCCUCCUCCUUCUUCUGAAUCACGUUUUUGCAUAUCCUGCUGGGAAGCACCUCUCAGGGACUUGUCUUUGCCAUGGAAAGGGAGUGGCGGGGAAGGCAGAAGCCGCAUCCGGCCUCCUGGGGGGCGAGGGGCCUUGUCUCCAGAGCACCUCGGAGGAGGGCGCGCUUGAGCCAGCACCUGCCUCUCCCUUCCCCUGCUCCGGUCUCCUGGCGUCCUGGCAAACUCAAGCCCCUUGCCCCGUGGCUCUCAGACCGAAGGCCGCCCCCCUGGCCUGGUGCAUGCAUGGGCUGCGUGAGCCGUGGCUGGCUCCUGACACGAGUUGGCCACCCCCCCCACCCCACCCCACCCCACCCCACCCCACAGAGUGGCUUCCACAAUCCUCCACACACCUGUCCUCCGUUGCUGUGUCGCUUCCACCAUCAGACCUCCCUUGAGGGGAAGCUGGUUGACAAUUUCUUGUCCAUUCCGUUGCCUCUGUGUGUGUGUGUGUUGGAUUUGGGCUGUGUUUUUCUCCCCGCUCUGCUCAGCCGAGGAACCGUGCUGACGGGCGCGCGGAGCGUCUCCUGUGGCUCCUGCUUUGGAGCGGCCUGGCUGGGCAGGGGGCCUGGCUUCCUCCCCACCCCUCCUCUCCGUUUCUGAGAAAUGCGCUUCUCCCCAGUUGCAGACCCAGCAGACUCAAGUCCCGCUGCAUGAACAGAUCGCCAUCUCAGGUAUUUCCCGCCCCAGCCCCUCCCUCCGUCUCGUGUGGCACCCAUCGGGAGGGGGCCGCUUUUGGGUGGGAAGAGCGGAGAGUCGGCAAGGGAAUCUCGGGCCCUCGCCCUGCAGCAGGAGGAACACACCUGCACCCCUCCCAGGAAACCCUGCAAAAAAAGAGAAGCCUGUCCUUUUAGGAACCCAACUCCCGUCUGAGCCUGGACAAGUUUCAUGAGGAUGUCGUGGUCCUGUUUUCCUCCUUCCCUUUUGGCUUUGUUGGAGGGUGGGGGAGAAGCCCUCCAGUGAGAACACUCCCAUUUCAACUGAUAAAAGCUCUUGGUUGUA